ACCAUAUGUUAAACAAAUAUUUUAUUUGUUAGUAAAGCUGUAUGUACACAUACGUGUACUUUCACUGGAGACUAGUGGAGACAUCAUGUACGAGGGAUAGAAAUAUUAAGACCUUACCAACGCAUAGCUCAACAUUACAAUACACAGUGAGUUGUGAUAUUCUGACGCAAGCAUUUUUUUGUCAAAAUUACAAGAAACAAGCAGUUAAAAAAUUAAUAAUGACCGACGUAAUAGCCGGCGUUGAAAAUCUUGACAUCAAGGGUGAAAAGGCCAGAAUGAAAGCUAAGAAGGAAAAAGCUGCAGAGAAGAGUAACCUGUCGGAGCUUAACCCAUGGCCCUCAUACAUUCAGGAUCGUAUAAAACUGUGGGAUGAAUUGAAAGCUAAAUACGAAGCAGAGUUAGCAUCCAAGCCAGUGGAAGACAUAACAGUAACACUUCCUGAUGGUAAACAAGUAACAGCCCAAUCUUGGCGUACUACUCCGUAUGACAUUGCAAAGGGGAUCAGCCAAGGACUUGCAGACAACACAGUAAUAGCAAAGGUUAACAACGAACUGUGGGACCUUGACCGUCCUCUGGAGCGCGAUUGCAAGUUAGAAUUACUAAAAUUCGACAGCCCAGAUGGUCAGCAAGUAUUUUGGCAUUCCAGCGCUCACAUCUUAGGCGAAGCUAUGGAGCGUGUUUACGGAGGUUGUCUCUGUUACGGUCCACCAAUCGAGAACGGUUUUUACUACGACAUGCAUCUUGGUGAAAAGGGAAUUUCAAACCUGGAUUUUCCAUUCUUAGAAUCUUUGUACAAGAACAUUGUAAAGGAAAAGCAGCCUUUUGAGCGCCUGGAGAUGACCAAGGAAGACUUGUUGAAGAUGUUUGAGUACAACGAGUUCAAAGUCAGGAUACUCAAAGAAAAAGUCCAGACUCCAAAAACUACUGUGUACAGAUGCGGACCGUUGAUUGAUUUGUGUCGUGGUCCUCACAUCAGACACACGGGUAAAGUCAAGGCGAUUAAAGUAACCAAGAAUUCAUCAACUUACUGGGAAGGUAACGCUAACGCAGAGACUCUUCAGCGUGUUUAUGGUAUCAGUUUUCCGGACCCUAAACAGAUGAAAGAAUGGGAAAAGUUCCAAGAAGAAGCUGCUAAGAGAGAUCACCGCAAGAUUGGUAAAGAGCAAGAAUUGUUUUUCUUCCACGAGCUAUCUCCAGGCUCGUGUUUCUUCCAGCCUCGAGGUGCGCAUAUUUACAAUACUCUUGCUGAAUUUAUAAGAUCAGAGUAUAAAAAACGAGGAUUUCAAGAAGUUGUUACGCCUAAUAUUUAUAACAGCAAACUGUGGCAGACUUCUGGACAUUGGGAACACUAUUCAGACAAUAUGUUUUCCUUUGAAGUAGAAAAGGAAACAUUUGCAUUGAAACCAAUGAACUGUCCGGGACAUUGUAUGAUUUUUGACGUUCGUAAUCGCUCUUGGAGGGAACUUCCUCUGAGAAUGGCUGACUUUGGUGUUCUCCAUCGCAAUGAACUGUCUGGAGCUCUUACGGGACUUACCAGAGUCCGGAGAUUCCAGCAAGACGAUGCGCAUAUCUUCUGCACGCAUGAGCAAAUCAGGGAUGAAGUAUUGGGAGCUCUUGAGUUCUUGAAAUGCGUUUACACGGUCUUUGGGUUCACUUUCAACCUGUGCCUGUCUACGCGGCCGGAGAAGUACCUGGGGGAUAUUAAAGUUUGGGAACAAGCUGAGAAAGCUUUGUCGGACAGCUUAGAUACUUUUGGAGAACCUUGGACGAUUAAUCCUCAAGACGGUGCGUUCUAUGGACCGAAAAUUGAUAUUACUAUCAUGGAUGCUUUGAAGAGACCCCACCAGUGUGCUACGAUUCAGUUAGAUUUUCAACUUCCUAUUCGGUUUGACUUGUCCUAUGUUAACGAACGUGGAGAGAAAACUAAGCCAGUAAUCAUCCACAGAGCAAUUCUGGGUUCCGUUGAACGGAUGAUCGCUAUUCUUACUGAAAGUUAUGCUGGAAAAUGGCCAUUCUGGUUAUCACCAAGACAAGUUAUGGUUGUCCCAGUGGGCCCACAGUUUGAUGAGUAUGCGAAUGAAGUAAAACAGAAGAUUUGGGACGCUGGGUUUAUGACUGAAGUUGACAUUGAUCACAGCGACACAUUGAACAAAAAAAUUCGUAACGCUCAAAUAGCACAAUUCAACUUUAUUCUCGUUGUUGGAGAAAAAGAACGUGCUGCUGAGACAGUAAAUGUCAGAACGAGAGAUAAUAAAGUACACGGGGAAAUAUCAGUUCAAGACCUCAUCAACAAAUUUAAAACUUUCAAAGAAACGAAAGACCGUAACUGCGAAGAACAUUUUUAAAAUGUUUUUAGAUUUAUUAUACAGGUUAUUUUGCUUACAUGCACUAGGGUAUAAUAAUUCAUUUAUUUAUGUGAUGCAUUUUUAAUAUUUUUGAAUUACAUCAAGAAUAUAUAUGACAUUCAAGAAGAGGUUAUUAAGCGAAUACUGUUAUAUGUAUGAAUAACACUUUUUCAUGACUUACUGUUGGAUAAAAAAUAAAUCAGCUUAGAAAAUAA